CGCUUUUUUUAAUGCUUUUAAAGUCCAUGUUAUCAGGUUAUAUUACGGAAAGCUGUUUAACAUCUUUUUCGGGACAAUAUUUGCCUGAAAAGUACGUCGUUUUAAUGAAUUUUGAAAUGGUUCAAAUUAAGAUUACAAUUUGACUAGUUCAAAGUUUGAUUUCUUACCCUAUGAAUAGCAACGUUACAUGACGCUUAGCGGAUCGUUGAGACGCAUGGUGCCUAGCUGUAUUUGUAAACCGUCACGAAACGACGAAUCAAAAAUUUCGGUCAAACCAAUACAAAUCAUUAAAUAACAGCGUGUAUAAACAAUGCUGAUAAAUAUGGUAUCAUCAUGCGUUACAUUCCACCACCAAGAAUGAAAUUAUUCCACAACAAAUGAACGACACCCUGCUCAGUACACCGCGAGCAGUCUACACAAAAUGAGUGUAAAAAUAGUAAUCGUUGGAGCUGGUGCUGCCGGCCUCGCUGCUGCCACAAAGCUGUUCGAGAAUGGACUGACUGAUUUUGUGAUCCUAGAAGCAACCGAUCGGAUUGGUGGUCGAAUAUGGACGGUUCCAUUCGGAUCCAAUACGGUUGACUUGGGCGCUCAGUUUUGCCAUGGCCAGAAAAAUAAUGUUGUAUUUGAGAUGGCAGGUCCGUUGGAUUUGUUGGAAGAAUCAUUAUUUUCUAGAAGAAACGUACUGGUGUUCUCUGAUGGAUCGCAAGCACCGACGGACGUAACGGAUCGCAUGAUGCAGGUGGCGAAUCACGUGAUGGAUGAAGAUUACAUUAGAUCAGCGUCAUCAGAAAAGGAAAUUCUGGGGGAAUAUUUCGAAAAGAAUUUUCGUCAAAUAUUAUCUCACACAGAUGACUUUCAAACCAUGGAGACAUCGCUGGUAGAUGAUUUUAUAAUAUUUUAUCACAAUUACCUGAAGGGUUAUCUAGCUGUAGACUCAUGGAAUUCCUUAACUACUGCUGAAGUUCAAGAUUAUAAGGAAUGUGAAGGCUUCGUUCGUCAAAGCUGGAAAGGAAAAGGCUUCAAUAGUUUUCUACAACUAUUAAUGAAACAACAUCCAUCCCAAAAUUGCAGCGCUAUACCUCUAGAAGAUAAGAUUUUAUUUACAAAACGAGUAACGAAAAUUUCACGCGACAGCAGCUCAAAUUCUAAUCUGAUAAUCAAAUGUGAAGAUAACAGUGAAUAUUCAGCAGAAUCAGCUAUCAUAACCGUAUCUCUAGGAGUGCUCAAACAAACGCAUUCAACAUUGUUUUCACCACCACUGCCGAACUUGAACGUUAGUGCCAUAGAAGGACUUCAUUUUGGGACCGUCAACAAGGCUUUCCUAGAAUUUCCGCAAGCGUUUUGGACAGAACGUGGAAAUGUUUUCCGACUGGUGUGGCGGAAGUCCGACUUGAAGGACCUGCGAUCAUCGAAUUUCAGCUGGACUGAAGGAGUGUCAACUUUUUUCGCCAUUGAUGACUACCCGAAUGUUCUGGCCACGUGGCUGGUCGGUCCUGAGGGUCGUCAGAGUGAGAAUCUAACCGAUGACGACAUUAGGGAGGGAUUGCUAAUGCUGUUGAGAAAAUUCUUCAUCGGUUGCCAUAUUCCUGAGCCAUUGAGAUUCAUGAGAUCCAGAUGGAAUAGUGAUCCUAACUUCCUUGGGUCGUAUUCCAGUCGUAGCUUAGAAACUGAGAAGCGGAAAACGGGGGCGAAAGACUUGUCAACCCCUGUUUCGGAUGCCCACGGUAAGCCAGUGAUAUUAUUUGCUGGUGAGGCAACUAGCCCGACGCACUGGUCUACCGUUCAUGGUGCUGUGGAAAGUGGCUGGCGUGAAGCUGAUCGAUUGAUUCAAUGGUAUAAAUCUUAAGCGAAGAAUAAAUUUAUUAUCUUGUGUAGUGCUAUGAAUCAGUUGUGUUUAUUUUAGAUGGGUGGUCGGUCGAUCAGGCUAAGGCCAGGGUGGCCUCUGCUGUGCAUAGUAGCCGUCUUCAUUCCACUCGGUCCAUGGAUGUUUGUCUCCAGUUCCGCACUCUGCGUAGGGUUCGCAGAUCGUCCUCCACUUGGUCGAUGGUUGGUUCUUUCAGCAGCUGAUGCAGCUCGUGGCUCAUUCGCCUUCUCCAAGUCCCGUCUUCCA